CCAGCCCGCCCCCCGCCCUUCGGUGCCGCCGCUCCCGGAAGCCCCGGGCAGACGGGGCGGAUCUGGGGCCGCCGCGGGAGCGGAGCCGAGUGAGGCCGGACGGACCAUGGCGGGGGUCCCAGACAGGGUCCCACCAAAUGUUGCAACAGAUGCCACAACAGGCGAUGGGCGUGUGCGGGCGCUGCAGCAGGAGGUGCAGGGGGUCACCACCAUCAUGACACAGAACGUGGAGCGGAUCCUGGCACGGGGUGAGAACCUGGAGCAGCUGCACAGCAAGAGCCAGGACCUGGAGGCCACGUCAGAGCACUUCCGCACAACAUCCCAGAAGAUGGCCCGGCGCUACUGGUGGAAGAACGUGAAGUUGCUCAUCAUCCUCGGCCUCGUGGGUGUCAUUGUCCUCAUCCUCAUCAUCCUUCUGGCCACUGGCACCAUCCCCACCUAGAGCCACUGUCCCCACAGAGACACAGCCAGGGACCAAAUACAGAUGGGGGGGAAGAACUGA